GACCGCCGUCGACCUGCUGGUAGCCGUGCCAUCUGCGGUGAUUCCCGAGUUCUGCCCCCGCAGAGAAGCACUCCGGACACAGCUCGAUGUCCGGGCAGUCGGUGCAGCGGAGCCGCAGGUUCGUCACAUCAGCGAGGCAGUUCACGCAGUACUUCUUCCCCAGGUCGGCCAUGUUGCCUGGCUCCUGCUUCUUGUUGUUGGAGGCAGAGCUCCGCGCAUGCGCACCACCAGACUCGCCGCGCGACCUGCUCACAUCCUGCUCGUUAAUAUUAAUGAGAGCGGGCUUCUGAUUGGCUCCCGUGGAUAGUUUCCAGGACAACCGAAACAAAACGAACAGUUCUAAAAGGCUGAUGGAGGCGCGAGCGCUAAAGCUGCAGACAUUUUAAUAAAACUGUUUCUGAUCUAAAGAUGGACUUAGAGGCAGAACACCAAAACCAGGAGGAGAGGACAGAUCCAGGGACGGCAGGGUCCGCAGAAUCCUCCAAUGAGGACUCUUCUCCAAAGACUGGCUCUGGAACUGAACCGAUCCAAGCUGACUCAGUGGGUUUAGAUCAUGAUGCAGAAAUCUCACAGAGAGCGCCCCCUGGUGGUGCAGCAGCAGAACAACACCCCGAACACAAGCCUCCUGACUCUGAUGUGAGGAUCAGGACAGAACCGGGGACCCAGGGAGCAGUGGUGGACAGUAACAAAGGAGACAGUGUGGUGUUUGAGAUCAGCAGCACUGAGGAGGAUGGAGCUCUCAGACUGCACCUAGAGAGCCCAGACAUAGAGAGCACCCGUCCACAGGAGGAGGAAGAGGAACCCGACCCUGCAGCUCCUGCAGACUUCAGCUACGAGGAGCACACCAGACUCCUGCAGGACCUGAAUGAGCAGAGAGAAAGAGCCUUCCAGCGCAGCAGGCAGCUGCAGGGGAAGCUGCUCGAGCUCCUCAGCAGGAGGGGGAGUGAGGAGGCUCAGGUGGAGCGACCCGAGUCAGAGCAGCAGAGGGAGUACGAGCAAUUCAUGACCCUCCUUACAGAGCUGAAGCAGCAGAUCCACUCAGAAGACCAGACCGCUCAGCAGGACCAAGAGCAGCUGAGGUCACAGGCCCAGGAGACGCUGCAGAAGGCGGAAGACAGAUGGCGAGCGUUUGUGUCCCUGAAGCAGGACGUGGCCGUGUCAGUGCUCAGCCGGCGUCUCGGUAAACAAGCCGCUCAGGACCACGUUGAGGCGACUCUCGCGGCAGAGCAGCUUCUCCAGGACGAGCUGAUCAAGCUGCGUCUGAAGCAUCUCACCCUGAGGACCAGGAUCCACAGGCUGGACGCAGAGCUCAGUGACGGGGACCAGCAGAGGGACCCUCUCCAGAUCCAGUUUGAGCGUCUGCAGGCCGAGCGUCUGGAGCUGAGGAAGCAGAGAGAGAAGCAGAACGAGGAGUCUCUAAAGAUGAGGAAGAAGAGUAACAGCAGCUUGGAGGUCCUGUCCCACAUAAAGGAGAAGCUGUUCUGGACCCAGGCCGAGGUCCAGGACAAGAAAGGGCAGCUGGCUGAGCUGGAGGCCACGCUGACCUCACAGAGGGGCCACCUGAGCAGGAUCAAAAUGUUCCACAAAAACCUGCAGAGAGACACCCAGAGGCUGAAGCGGCGCAGUGGGCUGCUGGGGAACACGGUCCUGCUGAGGGACUUUGAGGACACGGUGGACGCCAACGAUCUACUGGAGGAAAAACUGCAGAGACUGAAAGGCCGGAGAGCCAAGGCUGUUUUCAGAUCGGACAGGUGGAAGAAGAAAGUGGAGACACCUUAAUCCACGAAUAAAUAACAACAAACAGCUGUUUACUGUCCAUAACCAUGGAUGACACGUCUGUGGUACUAAAGUGAAGUCAAUGCUGGCUGAUGACAGAAACAUGUUUGACUAAACCCUGUAACCCGCCAUGUUUCUACGGCAGCUCAGAGCGGACAGUGACAGACGUGUUUGAAAGUUGUGUUGAAUGCUGGAAGAAGAAGAGUCAUGCACGUAAAUGUGGAGGACAUAUUUGACGCACAUUUACAGUUUAUGUUUUUAAUGUAUGCAGUCUUCAUUUUAAUAAAGCAGUAAUCUGACAUUAGCUCA